AUGACUACAUUCCGCGUUCUGUGUCUGCACGGCUUCGGUCAGGACGCACCCAAGUUCCGCAACCGCAUCUCGUCGCUGCGUCGGGCGCUCAAGUCCAGCUUCGACUUCGUCUUCCCGCAAGCCCCGUUCCUGGUAACCAGCUACCCGAACUCGACGCCGGAAGAGCAGGCGCAAAUGUGUGUUGACGCUGAGGCCGAACCCACGUACAAGUGGUGGGACUUCGAGAUUGAUGAGGAGACCGGCAAGCACACGUACGGCCGCGUGGACGAGGCUGUGGACUACCUUGCUGAGUUUGUGAAGAAGGAGGGACCCUUCGACGGCAUCUUCGGCUUCAGCCAGGGCGGCAUGAUGGCCUCUCUGCUUCUGCAACGCCAGUGUGCCGACCCCAACAACUCGCCGUUCGCAUUCAAGUUCGCAAUUUUUGUUGCUUCGUGCGACCUGGGCGAUCCCGUGUACAAGUCGGAACAGAAGGUGGGCGUGCCAUCGAUCCACAUCAUGGGCGAGACCGACCAAAUAGUGACGAUGGGCAGAAGCCAGAAGUUGCUGGAGCUAUACAGCAAUCCAAAGGUCUUUGUGCACCCAGGCGGACACUACAUCCCUACCAGCAAGGAGCCGAAGGACGCUCUUCGAGAAUUCGCGAAAGAAAUGACCGCAGCUUUUGACGCCAAGUAG